AUGGUGAAGGCGAAGAAAACGAAGAAGCCGUCAUCGGCUCUUAAUACGCAGUCCCUUCCGUUCAACACUGAGAAAGGUCAACAUAUCUUGAAGAAUCCUGGUAUAGUCAAUUCAAUCAUUGAAAAGUCCGCUCUCAAAUCGACGGAUACUGUGCUAGAAGUUGGGCCCGGUACAGGUAACUUAACAGUGAAGAUGCUUGAAGUGGCAAAGAAAGUAAUCGCUUGCGAAAUCGAUCCGCGAAUGGUGGCAGAGUUAAAGAAGCGUGUCAUGGCAACCCCUCUUCAAAGUAAAUUGGAAGUACGUCAUGGUGACGUCAUGAAAACCGAAUGGCCAUUCUUUGAUGUGUGUGUAGCGAACCUACCGUAUCAGAUCUCAUCUCCCUUUACGUUUAAGCUGUUGUUACAACGGCCACUUCCAAGAUAUGCGGUGUUGAUGUUCCAGAAAGAAUUUGCAGAUCGGUUGAUAGCAAAACCAGGCGAUAAAGAUUAUUGCCGGUUAUCUGUGAAUGUACAGCUUCUUGCAAAGGUUGAACACCUCAUGAAGAUCAAAAGGACCGAAUUCCGCCCUCCUCCUAAGGUCGACUCAGCGGUGGUUCGUAUUGCACCUAAGAAUCCACCUCCUCCAAUCAAUUUUGACGAAUGGGAAGGAAUGCUUCGACUGUGUUUUCUCAGGAAAAAUAAGAAGUUGCUCUCUAUAUUCAAGCUGAACAACGUAAUAGAUUUGAUUGAGAAAAAUCACCAGAAGGUGUGCAGUUUAAUGAACAAGGCUAUUCCAAAGGAUUUCAAUAUCAAAAAACUUGUUGAAGACACACUAGUGGAGGCAGGCUUUGCUGAAAAGCGUGCACGUUCAAUGUCUAUUGAAGAAUUCCUAGCUCUUCUCCUCGCUUUCAAUAAGGCAGGGAUCCAUUUUCACUCCUAG